AUGGAAGAAUUGAAAUUAAAUGUUAUAAAUUCAAUAGAAAAGCUUUUGAUGUCCAACAAACAUAUUAAUUUUUUCACUACUGCCUUAAAUCAAGGAAAAUCAAAGAAUGAAGACGCUUGGAAAAAAAGGUCCAGCCUAAAAAAAAAUUUACAGAGAAAUUCAACAAGAACAGAUAAAAAGGUUGUUUAAAGUUAAAGCAACACAUUUUCGAGAAAAUAUUUUAAAGGUGGAAACCGAAAUGAAAGAAAUUUAUACUUAAGUACAUUUAUACAAGUCGUCGUUUAAUUUAUGUGAUUGUGAACAUUGCGGGUUACACAACAAAUGCACAAUUCUAUGAACAUAUCAUGUCUUUAUGGAAUGGAGUCAAUUGAAUUCAAAGGUGAUGCAAUUGUUCGAGCCACACUUAUAAUAUUUGUAUGUUCAUGACACAUGGCAGUGAAGAGAAGGAUGUUUGCCAUGAAAAAUCUCAUGAAACUGCAAAUGAAUAUAUUCGUGAACAGGUUUUUGGCAUUCAACAUGAAUUGGAAGAGAUUUCAGAACAAGAGGAAUGCAUUAAACGUCAUUCGUCUUUGUCAGUCAUCUUUGCGAGAAGUUUUCCGAUCAUAUUUCCUGACAUCUCGCUUCCAUCGUCGUCAUGCAAUUAAAUUCCAUCGUGUUCUCGCUGAAGGCAAAUAUGACAUGGAAAAUUUUCAGAACACGUGGAACGAUGGGAAACGUGACAUAAUUGAUGAAACUAUUAAGAAAUUGGAUUCAUCAAACAAGAUGAAUUUGAUGAAUUAAUUGAUAUCUUUGAUUCUCAAUUGACCAACCAACGCCAGGACGGCAAUAGCGGUGGUGGAGGUAAUAGACGUCCACAUCGUCGUCGUAACAAACAUGGACGGAGCGUUAACAAAUAAAAUCUGGUCAACGCAACGUAGCAGUUCACAUCGAAAGCGUUUGACUGAUAAGCGUUUGAAUAACAUAACAACAACAAUAUAACCAGCCAUAGCAGUUGUAUUGAUUCGAAAACUGGUGCCAUUCGUGAAAAUAUGAACAGUUGAUGAUUAUCAGAAUACAAUUAUUUGAUGCAAUACGCUAUUGAUAACAAAGAGUACAUCUCAUCAAACAUUCUCGAGAAAUCGAAUUAUUUUUGAUUUCUUAUAUUGACAGUUCAAGUUAUGUUGAGAUUUUUAUCACAACUUCUAUUAAAAAAAAUUUCUAUUUCAUGAUUGAAUUGUGAAUUUUUCUGUCACAAAUCUGUUGAUAAGAAAUGUUCAGUGGUUUUUUAAUUUCUCCACAGACUUGUAGUUUCUCUUGCAGUUUUGCGAUGUGAAAUAUUUGUAUAUUCAUAAAAUUAAAAUUUCUGUACGAAAACAAUAAGGCAAGGAAUUUAGUGAAAUCAAAUUAAACUAAACAAAAUAAAAAGAGCUAAAAAUCUGAUCUUCCCUUUAAAUUUUUCCUC